AUGAGGUCACCACCAGCUCCUCCUGCGGAUGCGUGGCUGCCGCAGGACAAGGGCCUGUGCGAAUCCGGCACAGAGGCAAACACCGACACGAAGAACGAACAGGUAGCGCACCCCAAUCUCCAAUUGCAUUUCGGUGAUGAGGAUGUGCCGCAAUUCCACGAUAGUGUGUGUGCAGGCAGCUGCCUUCAUGCGCUGCAGCGCGGACGAACGGCAUGGUGCCUCCUGGGAAGCGAUGCCACCACGACUCCUCAAAAGGCGAACUGUGCUCCAUUUUUUGCAUGUGCGCAGGAAAAUGCAGAUAGCCAGCGUAGCGCCGGCAGCAAGACAGAUUUUAAGGCUGCUCCCUGCUCUCGGUUUAUGCGGGGACGAUGCCACGCGGGCUCGAACUGCAAAUACGCGCAUUCUGCGGCAGAGCUGAGGCCUCUUCCUCCAGAUGAGGCAUGGCCGCUGCCCCUUGGUUUGAAGGGGAACAAGGAAAGCGGCCAUAAUAUAGGAAGCUCCCAGCGCACGGGUGCACGUUCGGGGCGGCAUGACGCUGCGAAGAGGGAUGGUCCGCACUGCUUCCAUCAGCAACAGCAGCGCAAGUGUCAGGCAGCAGCGCAGCGCCUGGGGUGUGUGGGGGGUAACCCUCCUCCGGGCAGCAGCAGCAGCAGCGGCAGCAAGGGUAGCGGUGGGAGUACCACGAGCGUUAGCAGCACGCCGAGCAGCAACAGCAGCAUUGGCUGCAGCAGCAACGCUAGCUCUGCUGCUACGGAGCUUGCUUACACCCGAAUGCGCCAGCAGCUGCUGCGAGAUUGCGAGGCCCUCCUUAGUUGUAUGGGGUUAGCGCCUGCAGCGGGGGGACGAGGGGCCCCCCCGGUAAUCGAUGUACGUAGAACUCCAGGGCCCCAAGAGGGAGGAGGCCCCCCCUUACCCUUGAACCCGCCUUCCCAGAGUCGCGGGGGGGCCCUCGCGCCUCCGUGUACGAGCCCCUCUAGCAGCCACCUUGCAGUGUCUGCGCAGCACCAGCUGCUGCUUCAGCAACACUUGCUGCAACAGCAGCAGAAGCAACGGCAUGAAAUUACUCAACGGCAGGAACUGCAGCAGCAGCAACAGCAGCAGCAGCCGGAGAUCGACUUAGCGAUUCAAGGUCUCCUGGCGCAGCUAGCAGUGCUGUCCUUACCCUCCGCAGCAGGGCAGCAGCAGCAACAGCCGCGGCAACAGCAGCAGCAGUUGCUGCAGCAGCAGGUGCAGCAAGAGCAACAAAAGGUGCUACAAGAGCAGUUGCAGCAGCAGCAGGUUUUGCUGCAGAUUCAGCAGGACUACCCAUUUUUGGCGAAUGCCUUUCCAUUGGGGGCCCUAGGGGGCCCCCCUGGUUUUGCAUCUCCUAGGGGCCCCCCCCUCUAUACCCUCGGUGGAGGCCCUGCGAAAGAAGUAUUCUUGGGGUCCCCUCUAUUAGAACAGGGCACCCCUUCUUUAGUGCAUCAUGCCUCGGUGACUCCCGAAGCCCCCGUCGGCGACUGGAAGAGCAGCAGCAACAGCAACAACAACAGCAACGGCAGCAGCAGCGGGAGCUGCUGCUGCUGCAGCGGGGCCCCUGUGCCCGGUUCUGCUUUGAGCGCCUCUUCUGCCCUCGCCUUCCCCAGCUCUUCACAGAAGGAGGCCCCCGAGGCCCCUAUCCCUUCUUGGUUUUGCUUCAGGUGA